ACCUUGGUGUGCACCUCAGAGUGUAUGUUUUUUUAGCACACGUGCUUCGUUCAAGACAUGUUCUUAGUUUCAUGGGCGGGACGUCUGGGCGGAAGGCGCAAAUGAAGACUUCUGGCCUUGCAGCAUAUGUGCAAACGUCAGAAAUGGUCCGCGCAGUCCUUGCGCGCGAUCCAGGAAAUGCAUUUGGAAUCUGGGAAUUAGGCCAGAGUGUUCGUAGCUAUCUCGAUGGUGUUGAAGCGAGGGAUGAGCGGAAAGAGUAUGAGGGCUCGACUAUGGAUUCCAAAGAAAUGCUCGGAUGGGGGAUUUGGCCAGAGGCAAGCUAUUUCAACCACAGCUGCAAUCCUAAUGUCGUUAAAAAGCGCAUCGCACGCAAUCUAGUGUUUAUCACGACAAGUGUAGUUCAGGAGGGAGAUGAACUGUGCAUUGCAUAUGUUGACUGUGAUGAAAUACAGACUACAGAAAUUGAUGAAUUCGCUGCUGGAGAGAAGCGAAGAGAGCUUUUGAGAAAGUGGUGGUUCUUUGGAUGUGCUUGCUCGAGGUGCAGUUUUGUGGGGGGAAAAAUGGGAGAAGAAUAGUUGCCCAGCUUCAUAUCUAGUCAU